UACAGUUUUCCUUAUCCUCCUUUUGAGUUACUUGCACCCCUUGGACACUCCAUUUCACCCCCUCCCCCUUCCUCCUAGCUCGCUACUACUCUUUCUCCUCAAUGGAGAGGUGCAAGGAAAUGAUACUCUUGCACUCAGGCAGAUUCUCGCGCCGUGAUUCCCACGGCGGCGGUGACGAUGUCGAUCGGGCGUGCAACAAGAUCAAGGAGGUGGAUUUCUUCUCGGAGAGUCGCGAGAGGAAGCUUGAUGAAGCCGGUGGAUUACGAGACUGCCGUGGAGGAGAUGGCUCGUUGGCUUGCGGCGACGCCGGCGACAUUAACACUGGUUUGGCCCUUACCGUGCACUCCGUGGGCGCUCCGACAGCUGAAGAGGAGGAGGACAAACCGAACAACAAGAUGCAUCUGAUUACAAUUCAAGAUGAGCUAAAUCGAUUAGGGCAUGAGAAUCGGAGACUGAGAGGCAUGCUGGAUCAGCUCACCAGAAAUUACAGCGCCCUAUACAAUCAGUUUCUUCUGGUGAUGCAACAGAAAGCAAACGAGACCCAGCAUAUACAAAAGGAAAACCAAACUGACCCAUCCAAUCCGGUGAGAUUAUCGGCUCAACAAUUUUUGGAUCCUCGCCCAACAAGCUUGCAAGAAACCAAUGAGCAUACAAACGGUGAUGAAGAAGAGCACUCUCCUUCUUUGAAGAACAGCUCGGAUGGCCCCUCGGAAAGAGAAAUUAAUAUUCCUUUCAACAGGAGGAAAAUAUCUGUAGAGGAAGGUCCCCUUGAUCAGCAAAUCUCACCGAGCUGGCGGGAUAACAAUAGCCCUAGGCAGGCACAAGAGAGAAGCACUGAUUCAAUGCAUGAGCUUCCAUGCCGCAAAGCAAGAGUUUCUGUCCGUGCUCGAUCUGAUGCACCCAUGAUCAGUGAUGGAUGUCAAUGGAGGAAGUAUGGUCAGAAGAUGGCGAAGGGUAAUCCUUGUCCGCGAGCUUAUUAUCGUUGCACCAUGGCUAUUGGAUGCCCAGUUCGCAAGCAGGUGCAGCGAUGCGCGGAGGACAAGACCGUGCUGGUGACCACCUACGAGGGCAACCACAACCACCCGCUCCCUCCCGCCGCCGCCGCAAUGGCCAACACCACCUCCGCCGCCGCCACCAUGCUCCUCUCUGGCACUGCCAACACCACGAGAGACUCCUCCCUGAUGAUGGGCUCUGCUUCCGCCGCCGCACCGCUAUUCGGCCACCCGCUGGUCCCCUUCGCUUCCUCCCUCGCCACACUCUCCGCGUCGGCGCCCUUCCCCACCAUCACCCUCGACCUCACCCAGGCCCCCCUUCCGCCUGCUGCAGGGACCCCCCUCCACCUCCUCCAGAGGGGGGCCUCACACGGCCACCACCCCACAACCUCAUCCUUCCCCCUUGCUCCGCUUUCCAUGUACCUCCCUCAUGCCAAGGUGGGGCAGCGUCACCACUCCGUGGCUGAGACGGUCAGCGCCGCGAUCACAUCGGACCCCAACUUCACAGCCGCGCUGGCUGCGGCCAUAUCGUCCAUUAUGGGAGCGCCGCGCGGCGACGGCGCUGCUAACAACGGUUCCGCAGCUGCGCCCCACGGAGUCCCGGGAUCGCCUCAGUUCCCGCAGUCGUGCACCACCUUCUCUACUAAUUAGCUAGCGAGAGAUCGACCGAGAGUUACUCUUCAGUUGGAUUGCAUGUUUCGCGCGCGGUGGUUGCAGCGAACGCAAAAGGAGAGCUGGUCUGAGUCCGUGUACAUGAUCUUCCUUAUACGUACAGAGCUUGCUAAAUAAGUUGAUAUUGUAAAUUAAUUAAUUACUAGUGCAUGACAAGGGGAAAGAGGAAAGAGAGAGAGAGAGAUAGCUUUCAUGGAACGAACACAGUGAUGAGUGAGCAAGUGUUACGGCCGGAGAUGUAGAGAUCAGAUUGAGAGAGAGAGAGAGAGAGAGAGAGAGAGAGAGAGAGAGGCCUCAUAAAACGACUGAGCUAGUCGAGCUUAGCUUAUAGCUCUGAUACAGUAAUUAAUACGGCAUGUGUUUAAUGAAGGAGCCAAAUCGAAUUUGAGCUUAUAUAUAUAUCAUGCUUGUUCGUGCCA